GUUCACGUCAUAAGUAUCGCUGCUGCAGAAGCCUUGCUGGUUAUUCGGACCUGGGCAUUCUGGCAAAAGAGUAAAAUAUUACUGAUCGGGUUAUUUGUGUAUGGUGCGGAGCCCCCUCCAGGAACCUGUUACUUCGAGAGCACACGCAAUGCUGCGAUCGUAUACAUGUUCUUGGCCAUGUACGAAAGCGUGAUGUUGAUACUUAAUGUAUAUAAGAGGGUUCAUGACUAUAAAAAUUUCCAGAGCGGAAUUGUAGUAACCCUAUAUCAUGAUGGCAUGUUCUACAUGUUGUGCAUCCUCGCCGUCACACUCGCCAAUGUUAUCUUUGAGGGUGCACUUCCAAGCGCCUACAGCAAUAUGUUUGAUGCGCUACAGCUGGUCGCUCAUAGCGUCCUGGCAUCACGAAUUCUAUUCCGCCUUCGACGUAGCAACGAACAUGUCCACCCACCUAUGUCAACAAUGAUGUUAGACACUCGGGUAGACUUGUCGAUGUCGAUGAGUGGGACGAGUACAGUUUGAGGGAAUGUAGGUGUAUGCGGAACCAUCGGCCUCUGUUAAAAUGAGAAGUUUCUGCUCUUAUCUGAUGUACAACUCAAUUGUGAUAUUAUUGACCAAUGAUACUGCGAUACCUCAGAGAA